AUGCCUUUAAAAAAUAAGGAUAAUAAUAAUAGAGGACAUUCUAUUAUUUAUAAUUUAAGAAAAGGUACACCUAUUAAUGAAGAUACUGAAGAUGAUGGUAUUACAUAUGAACCUGGUACUAUAGAAAAAGUUAUUAAUAUUAUUUUAUGCCGUCCUGAUGCUAAUAAAAUUAAAUUAUCUGCUAAACCUGUUACUAUUUUUAAAUUGUUUCGAUAUGCAAAAACUGUUGAUAUUAUAUUAUUAACAAUUGGUUUAAUAACAACAAUAUUUUCUGGUGCAGCACAACCAGUUAUGUCUAUUUUGACAGGACGUCUUACAUCAGCAUUCAUUAUUUACCCACCAACAUCAUUAGAAUUCAGAAUUGCUGCAUAUGAAAAUGUAUAUAUAUUAUUAGGUAUUGGAGUAUUUGUUUUAACAAUAAAUUAUAUUCAAUAUAUGUGCUUCUCAACAGUAUGUAAUAGGAUUGUGGGACGGCUUCGUAAAGCAUAUAUGGCAUCAAUUUUACGCCAAAAUGCUGGAUGGUUUGAUAAAAAUCAAGCUGGUGUUUUAACAACAAGACUUAAUGAUAAUAUUGAUAGAAUAAAAGAAGGAUUAGGAGAUAAAUUAGGAUUAUUAUUACGUGGAUUUUUUAUGUAUCUAUCAGCUCUUAUAAUAGCAUUUUCAUAUGAAUGGAGAUUAGCAUUAAUGAUGUUAGGUGUUACACCAUUAUCAUGUAUUAUAAUGUCAUUAAUGUCACAAUUUAUUGGUAAUACAACAAAAAAAGAAUUAAUUAAUGUUGGGCAGGCUGGUGCUAUUGCUGAAGAAACUCUUUUAUCUAUAAAAACUGUACAAAGUUUUAAUGGACAGGAGGAAAGAAUUAAUAAAUAUAAAAAUGAAUUAAAAAAAACAGUUAAAUAUACAAUACUUAAUGGUGUUUGGAGUGGAUUAUUUGGUGGUAUAUUUUUUUUAAUGCUUUUUGUAUAUCUUGGGUGUGGUAUGUUAUAUGGAACAUAUCUUCUUAAAGUUGAAAUAUUUGAAACACCUGGUGAUAUUUUUACUGUUGUUAUGGGUAUGAUGUUAGGUGCAUACUUUCUUGGAUUAAUUUCACCACAUCUUAUGGUUAUUUUAAAUGCACGUGUUGCAGCAGCAGAGAUAUAUAAAACAAUUGAUAGAAUACCACCAAUAGAUUGUUAUUCAAAUAAUGGAAAAAUACUUACAAAUGUUGAAGGAAAAGUAGAAUUUAAAAAUGUUCAUUUUAGAUAUCCAACAAGAAAAGAACAUAAAAUAUUAAAUGGUAUAAAUAUAGUUAUUAAUCCUGGUGAAACAGUAGCAUUUGUUGGACAUUCAGGUUGUGGUAAAUCAACUUCUGUUGGUUUAUUAACAAGAUUAUAUGAAAUAGAAGAAGGUUCUAUAACUAUUGAUGGUAUUGAUAUAAAAAAUAUUAAUAUUGAAUGUUUAAGAAAUAUUAUUGGUAUUGUUCAACAAGAACCAAUAUUAUUUACAGCAACAUUAGCUGAAAAUAUUCAAAUGGGUAAUCCAAAUAUUAGUAGAGAAGAUAUGAUAAAAGUUUGUAGGAUGGCUAAUGCAACAGAAUUUAUUGAUAAACUUCCAGAUGGUUAUGAUACAUUAAUAGGUGAGGGUGGUGUACAAUUAUCUGGUGGUAUGAAACAACGUAUUGCUAUUGCAAGAACAUUAGCAAGAAAUCCUAAAAUAUUAUUAUUAGAUGAGGCAACAAGUGCAUUAGAUACAAAAUCUGAAUCAAUUGUUCAAAGUGCUUUAAAUAAUGCUGCAAUUGGAAGAAGUUCAAUUAUUAUUGCUCAUAGAUUAUCAACAAUAAAAAAUGCUGAUAAAAUUGUUGUUUUUGAUAAAGGAAAUAUUAUUGAACAAGGUACACAUAAUGAAUUAAUAACUAUGGGUGGAAAAUAUUCAGAAUUAGUUAAAGCACAACAAUUUGAUACAACAGAAAAUGAUGAUGAAGAUGAUAAUAAUAAAGAUGAUAAAGUAUCAUCAAAUUAUGAUAUUAAAUCAAUAACAUCAAAUCAUGAUUGUAAAUAUUGUAAUAAAUGUAGAAAAGAAAUAUUUUCAAGAAGAUCAAGUGUACUUAGUGGUAGAGAAGUUUUUAUUAGAGGAACAAAAUUUGAUUCAAGUUUUGGUGAAUCAAAUCAUAAAAUGUCUCAAUUAGGUAUAACAGAUUUAGGUUUUACUCCAACUGAAGCAUUUAAAAAUUUAAUGAUUAUUAAUGAGAAUGAUGAAAGAAAAAAAGAACAAUCAGCUAAUAUAUUAACAAUUUAUAAAAAUGCAUCAGAAUAUUAUUGUAUUAUUUUUUUUGGAUUUAUUAUUGCUGCUAUUCGUGGAUUUGAACUUCCAGCAGUUGCUAUACUUUUUUCAUAUAUUUUUAAAAUUUUAGAAAAUGUUAAAGAUAAAGAUUUAGUUAAAAAAAUGGCUUUUGUAAUAUUAUGGUAUGGUAUUGUUGGAGUAGGUACAUGUCUUUUUCAAUUAUUAUCAUCAAUAAUUUUUUCUUAUUGUUCCUCAAAAAUAACACUUAAAUAUAGGAUAGCUGCUUUUAGAAAUAUUUUAUAUCAAGAUGGAUCAUUUUUUGAUCAAAAAAUUAACUCACCUGGAGAAUUAAUUACCCGUUUAGCAACAGAUGUUCCUAAUAUACGUUCAGUAUUAGAUGGAAGAAUUUUACAAAUAAUAUAUGCAUUGUCAGCUGUUAUUACAUGUAUAGCAAUGUCAUUUAUAUAUUCAUGGGAAGUUAGUACACUUGGAACAGGGCUAAUUAUAGUAUUAGGAGUUACCCAAACAUACUUAGCAUAUACAAUACAUAAAAAAAAUAUAGAAAGUGUUAAAAAAGAUGAGGCUGGAAAAAUUGCUAUUGAAGCUAUUGAAAAUAUUAAAACAGUUCAAUUAUUAACAAGAUCAAAAUAUUUUGUUACUGAAUAUGCUAAUGCUAUUAGUUUAAAUAAAGAUCUUGAUUUUUCUAAAUCAAAAUAUGAAGCAGUUAAUUUUGCUUUAUCACAAACAUUUCAAUAUAUUGUUUUUACAGCUGGGUUUGCUGUAGCUAUUCAUGUUAUUAAUAUUGGUAAUAAAACACCAAGUGAAACAUUUCAAAGUCUUUUAUUUAUGCUUCUUGGUGCUGUAAGUAUUAUGAAUGCCUCAACAUAUUUUCCUGAAAUGAUAAAAGCAAACUCAGCUGCAAAGACACUUUUUAAAUUAAUAAAACAAAAAAGUGGAACUGGUGAUUUAAUGGAAGGUGAUCAACAUAAUGUUAAUGGUGAUAUAACAUUUUCAAAUAUUAUUUUUACUUAUCCAACAAGAAAAGAUCAACUUGUAAUGAAUGGAUUAUCUUUUGAGGUUAAAAGAGGGCAAACUAUUGCUAUUGUUGGUCCUUCUGGAUCUGGUAAAAGUACAACAAUAGCAAUGUUAGAAAGAUUUUAUGAUCCAAUGUAUGGUGAUAUAAAAAUUGAUAAAAAAGAUUUAAGGUCAUUAUCAUUAUAUCAUCUUCGUAAACAAAUGGCAUUAGUUGGUCAAGAACCAAGAUUAUUUUCUGGAACAAUAAAAGAAAAUAUAUGUUUUGGUUUAAAAAAUGUUUCUAUUGAUAAAAUUAAUGAAGCAUUAGAAAUAGCAAAUUGUAAAAAUUUUAUUUCUCUCUUACCAGAUGGAAUUGAUACAGAAGUUGGUGAAAAAGGUUCAAAAUUAUCAGGGGGUCAAAAACAAAGAAUAGCUAUAGCUAGAGCAUUAGUACGUGAUCCAAAAAUUUUGUUACUUGAUGAAGCAACAUCUGCUCUAGAUUCAGAAUCAGAAAAAGCUGUACAAGAAGCUUUAGAUAAAGCUAGACAAAAUAGGACAUGUAUUACCAUAUGCCAUCGAUUAUCAAGUAUAGUAGAUUCAGAUUUAAUAAUAUAUGUCUCAGAUGGUAAAGUUCGUGAGUCAGGUAAACAUAUGGAAUUAAUUAAAAAAAAAGGAUAUUAUUAUGAAUUAUUAAAACAACAAAAUAUAUAA